GAUGGAUAGACGGCUACAUGAGAUAUUUUUCUCCUCUUGUAUUGUAUAUUCUUAUCUUCUCCUUUGAAAUGGGUCAAAAACAAGCUCUCUCAAUCUCCAUCUCUCUCAUCAAACCAUCCAUCCAUGAAUGGUAGCGUCUUCUUCGUCUAAAUCAUAAAAAACCCAACUCAAAAUCCAAUCAAUUCGAUGGCUGUUGCUCUCUCAAUCAGCCAUUCCUUCCACACCAAAAACAUCAGUUCAAUUCUCUACAACAAACCCAAUUCCAGGCUUCAACUCUCAGUCUCUUGCCAAAGCCGGGGCCCGGCAGGGCCUACCGAUUCAAAGGAAGGAGGAGAUGAAGAGAAGGGAGAGAAGAAGAAGAAGCCUUGGGUUUUGAGGAUUUAUGGUGAGGUUGGGAAAUUAGGUGAGGGGUUGAAGGAGAGUCUGAGCCCAAAGCGGAAGGGAGAUUGGAAGGAUGUGAUGCUCAUGAGCUUAUCAUUUGCAGUUUAUGUUUACAUAUCUCAGAAGAUUGUGUGUGCUUAUUGUGCUUGGAUGGCAAUGCUCAAACAUCCAUAGUGGCUUGAUUGAUUCUGGGGUUGGAGAUUGAAGAAUCUUAGUUGGGUUUUCAACUACCCGUGUACUAUCAUCUUUCUUUGUUUGUUUUCCCCCCUUUUUUCUUACUUAUAGACAUGUAAUGGAGAAGUUGUGAAUACAAAAGAUAUGGAAUUUUAAAAAUAAAAUAAAAAUGUUUGCUGAGAGAAUGCACUUUUGGCAA